UCAUUCCAAAGAAAUUCUGAUAGGAGCUUUAUCUUGGUGACGAGGAUUUUAAAGAAUUCGUAGCGUAUUUAGAUUUUUACCUGUGACUUGACUUAAUCUUCGAAUCGGUUUAAAGUCACACUUACAUGUACAGAUAUACAUGAAUAAAGUUGUGGGUAGGUGGGUCUCUUUGCCCCUGUGGAGUAUUUAUAUAUAGUGGGAAGAUUCGCUCCGAUGUAUCGUGUUGAUAAUACAAGUCAAUAGUUUUAAAGCCCGGUAGUUACGAUUGUUUGUGUUUAUAAAGGGUCUUGCCAGGUGAAUGGGUUUUUUACCUGUCCAAGACACCGAGAGAAACGGGUUGGAGUGAUUUGACAGAUUUUUUUCUAACAUGGACAUUGUUUUGUUUUCGGUGAUAUAACGCAUUAAGGUAGAAAAAAAAUCAGUAUGUUUAUUUUGGUCAAAUACGGUAAUAAUGAAACUCUUCUAUGUAAUCCUAGCUGUGCUGUGAUAAAUUUACUGACCAAUAUCAAAAGGCGAGCUGGAUAUGGAAAUUCUAAUGUAACAGUUGAUCUAUCGGACGAAACAGGGUUAGUAAAAGAACUCGAUAAUCAUCGUCACGAUUAUGCCAAUAAAUAUCUGACGUCACAUGAAACUUACAUCCUAGUCCAGAAAGAAAUCCAGUCGGACAACACCUCUGUAGAUUCGGGAUCCACCCCUAACCAGAAUUACCAGUAUAAACCCCUGCUGGAAAAGUUUGAGGAACUAUUCCCUAAUUAUAAACUUCACGUAGACCACAUUCCACCUAAAGUAUCAAAGAAACGGCCUGGAAAAUCCCCAAGUCCAGCCGGAAGAUUUGCUCCAAAGUCUAAAACAAAGACUGUAGAGACUAUAUCAAAAAAAGCUGUAAACAAAAAGAGAUAAAAAGAAACCAAGGGGCGGUGAUUCCGAGGAGCCCUAAACACUACCCGCAUGCGGAGCGUGUGCCAUUUUUCCAUGAACAUGUUGAACAAGACACCAUAAGUUUUCAUUUAUUAGAAUCAAUAUAUAUUUUAUAUAUAUAUAUAUAUAUAUAUAUAUAUAUAUAUAUAUAUAUAUAUAUAUAUAUUUCUUCCGUAACCUCACCUGGGGGAGAGAGCGUUUACUGUACAGUCCUGUGUAAGUGAACAUGUUAUUUUCAGCAUUAGUGAACUACUGUUUUAAUUUAUUGGAAAUCAAAAUAAUAGUCAGAAAACAUUAUUGAUGAUCAAUAAUGGAUCUGAAAAAUUUAUGCAAUUUUUAAAUGCUGUCGACAUUUAUUGUAUUUUCACUUCUCUAUAUUACUGAUGUUUAAAGCCUUUUAUAAAAUGAA